AUGAUUGUAAUCGAUCCAGAGGAUGUCGAGACUUUCAAGGCUGUAACGGGAGUUUCCGAAGCCAUUGCUAUUGAAAAGCUUGAGGCAUUGUUUUCCAUUUCGCUUUUAUCGAUCAGCAACCGCACUGCUUUCGAUUAUGGUGUUCGAUUCGAGCUUCGGCAAUUGUACUCGCUUUUUGGUGGUAGUCGCGUUGGGGUUUUGGUGUUUCUGAAUUCGAUUUUAUUAGUUGCUGUUACUCGAUGUUCUAAAGAAACUUGGAUCGUGGAGAACUCCGGGAACCUCAAUGAUGCUAUAAUCGCUUACCUCGCCGAAGCAGAUGGAAACUUAAUUCGUCGACCAUCUCGUUCUGCUUCUCAAUUAGAUAUCACUGAUGAUGAUGAUGAAAUGCCUAUUGAUAUUACAUACAUUGACGAUGAACUACCCGAUGAAUCCAAAUGCUCACCUUCAUCCUCAUUAGAAACUCCUCCUAUGGCUGUUGAUGUUCCUGCUGGCCGCGAGGAUAUAGAAGAAGAAAUGGUGAAAGCAGCCAUUGAAGCUUCCAAGAAAGAUUCACCAAUGUUCAUUGAAGAAUUAGAGGAAUUUUUGUUUGGUGCUGAUUCCACUCCUCGAGCUGAACCGACAAACCUGGAAGAUAUUGCACUUGCACGUGCAAUUGCACAGUCACUUCAGACUGCAGAAGAGGAAUGUCACAGAGAUCUCAAAUGGAAAUCUGAAGUUCCAGAAGAGUCGAAGAAAUCACCAUCAAAUGAAAGGCCCCAAAAGAGUAAAGAAGUUAUAGCCGAAUAUUCGAUUACACAUGUCGAUGAGCAUGAUGCUGCAGAUAGCUCUAAAGUUUCGACACCAAUCUCACCUACUAUUGUUGAUGCAACUGAAUAUGGCAAGGAGAUAGAUGAAAUAUACGUUGAAAAUUGCUUGCUAGCAUUACCAUCUCCACAGUCUGCAGAUGAGGAUGAAUACGCCGCAAGAAAGUCAUCUGCCAUGAAAGAAUCGACAAUGCAAUGCUGUAGAUUCGGCAGACGAUUUCCACCUGAGGUUGGAAGUUCGUCGCUCAAAUCUGAAACUGGCGAAGAUCAGGAUAAGACAUUCCUAGUAAGAUGUAUGAAGAGACAACUAUAUUCCGGCUCCAGCGAAACUCCCUGCAGUGUCGAAAAUGUUAAUGAUGAUGAUUCUCCUGCUUCACUACAGCUCAGCAGACUAAAGAAACUGAAGGCCAUCGAAACUUUUAAAGCUUCUGAUUUGUACCUAAACCUGCGCCAAGGAGAGGAAAGCGAGAGGCUCGGAAAAGAAGAUUUCGAUCCUCAGAAGGCGACACCUGAUGAUGAAAAUGCCGUCGCCAUUGUUGGAAGGCUGAGUGACUAUUGGCAAAGAUAAUGGAUUCUCAAGUCCAACAAGGCAAUCGAGGCGGGUCGAAGGUGUAGCUCCGGCUCCGGCUCCGGCUCGGAUUUCGGGUUAGAAAAAUAUAAUUUUUUUUUUCUUUUUUUUUUUUUUUUAGGUGAAAUAGUAGAUGAAUGUUUCUAAUAAGGUUGUAAGCAAUAUGUUACAAAAAUAGAUGGUUUGUCCCAAAUUUUGGUUUGUAA